ACACUCGUUUGAAGCAAAAUGCUCGGAAAAGUCGAUUUUGUUGUUCUUUCAUUGGUUGUCAUUACCAAUUCAGUUCAUUUGAACUCGGAGAAUCUUUCAGAAUAUCCGCUUCCAUUAACUGGACUUGAUAUUCUUGAUGCAGAUCCGUUUAUUGUUGGGGGAAGUGCUGCCAGUCUGGGACAAUUUCCAUACCAAGCAGCCCUCCGAACACCUGCGGGAUUGUUUUUCUGCGGUGGUGUUAUCAUUUCCAAUCGUUGGGUUGUUUCAGCCGCUCAUUGCACUAUCAAUCGUGAUUUAAUCAUCAGUUUCCGAGUUGUUGUGGGAACCAUUAAUCAUUCAUCUGGUGGCACUGAAUUCACUCUGAGUCGAGUUGUCAAUCAUCCAAAUUAUAAUGCAGGAACAAUUGCUAAUGACAUUUCACUAACACAAGUUGCAGGAACUUUUGUAUUCUCUGGAACUGUUAAUCAGGUUGCUAUGGGAUCAGCGUUUUUGGGUGGUGGAGUUAAUGGAAAUGUUGCUGGUUGGGGUGCGACUGCUACAGGAGGGCAACCUACAACCCAACUGAGAUGGUUCCAAACAACUUCGAUUACAAAUGCAGAUUGUCGAAAUCGUUUUAAUGCUGCUGGCGAAACGAGAGCUGCUAGUUUGGUAUUUGAUCACAAAAUGUGUUCAUUUACUCGAAACGGGCAAGGUUUCUGUCAAGGUGACAGUGGGGGUGGUUUUGUUUCUAACAACGUUGUUCACGGAAUUGUCAGCUGGAAUAUUCCAUGCGGUCGUGGAGUCCCCGAUGUCUAUGACAGAAUUUCUUCACACCGUUCCUGGAUUAAUUCAAUCACGGGAUUGUAAAGCAUAUUUCAUGACUUUUAAUUAAGACCUUGAAUAAAAAGGAAAUUACUUUUGAAAAUUAAA